AUGAAAUAUUCCCUUUUCUUCGUUCUGAUUUUCUAUAUUGUAUGUCCACUUGAGGCAACGAUCGGUCCUGGUGGCCGUAGGUCUACUACAUAUACUCCGGCAACAGUUGACUUCUCCGAAUCGUCUUCGGCCGAAGAAAAGCCAACGACAUCACUGCGGUCUACUCGCGAAAAUCCCUUACCGCCAACGGAUACAAAUGUUCUUCAACGUGAUCUAAUACAAGAAGAUAUCAGCCCUCGAACGAUUCUCGAGAACCAUCUAUCUUAUUGUGAUAGUUGUAGUGACAUUCGACAGUUUUACAAUCCAACGCUUAUCUACAUCACCCCAUGGAAUAAUCACGGUUAUGAUCUAGCGAAAAUCUUUACCAAAAAAUUUGAUUAUGUUUCUCCUGUAUGGUUUCGUAUCAAACGGCAAGGUUAUCAAAUGUAUGUCGUCGAAGGCAAACAGGAUAUCGACUCAUUAUGGAUUGAAACCCUGAAAACGAAGAAUUCGGACGUACGUAUUGUACCACGUGUUAGUUUUGAACAUUGGUCUGCUACCGAUCUUCAUGCUUUAUUCGAAUCUGAAGAUGAAAAGCAACAUUUAGCUUCAACAUUAAAGGACCUAUUAGUUGACAAUACGCAUUUAUUUGAUGGUUUUGUUCUUGAGAUACUUUCACAGUUCCACGGAGCAUCAAAAGCUACAACUCAUCAUCUCCUCUCCGACAUUGCGGAGCAUAUUCAUGCGAUAGAAAAGACUGCAUAUCGAAAAGAAGUUAUUUUAGCUGUCCCACCUUUAGAAGAAUAUUUCGAUCGAAAUGAUUUCAAUGUUUUAUCCAAGCAUCUGGAUGGAUUUCAUGUCAUGACAUAUGACUUUCCAACAAAAGAGCCUGGACCUGUAUCUCCUUUUCCAUGGAUCAAAGAAGUGAUGCGCAAAUUUCCUAAAACUAGAAGUGAUUCAUCCGUCAAAUUAUUUCUCGGCAUAAACUUCUAUGGCUACCGCUUUGAUUAUAUCAUCCCACCGCCUCCGAAAGAUAGACCUCAGUAUCACAUGAAACAUAUCAUCGGUCGCGAUUACAUCGAUUUUCUUAAACAGUACUAUCCCACAGCUAAAAUUCAUUUCGAUGCUCGUGCACACGAACAUGUCACGGUGGUCUAUACUCGUUCCGAAGUUAAUGUCAAUCGUCAAGCUCAUUAUCUACCACAAAUAGUAAUCUUCUACCCGAGUUUGAAAUCGAUCCAUGAUCGCUUGCAAUUAGCCAUGGAACUUAACAUUGGAGUCGCUAUUUGGGAUGGUGGACAAGGUUUUGAUUACUUCUUUGACUUAUUCUAG